CCAGCGAUGUAUUAUUGUAUGCAUGUCCUGGACUUGAAUUGAACGAACAGUCCUGAACUCAGCAAUCAAAGUUAGUUCUGCCCUAGCUGGAAUCCGACCAGGCCGCACCCAAGCAGGUUAACUUAUUUAGUAACUUUGGCGGUUCUCCCCAGCGAGCGUCGAAGGUCGACGUUUUCUUUCUUCCUUUCUCUCAGCUUCAACCUCUUCUUCAUUUUCAUGCUUCAUUCUUCCGGCGUCAAUCAUCGUCGUCUUCGUCUCUCUCGCUACAGCUCUCUGUCUCCUCUCUUUGACACACAACCGGUUCGAGCGCUUAUAUCUGGCUAUUAUUUAUUAUUGACAGCGUCUCCUCCACUCCUCGUAUGUCGCACUCCAGCGCGUCCUGGUUGAUGUCGUUUUGCGCCGGAUCCCCCUCCCCCUCACACGCCGCCCUUCCACCCUCGCGCUCUGAUGGGCGUUCGAGGCUCCUACACCAUUCCUAUAGACUGCAGCAAGGGCAUUGGGUAGUGUGUGUAAAGUCGCGCUCCUGUUAACCAUUGGACACGGGCACCUACAUAGAUUCAUAGAUAGUCAACUUUUAUCUCCUUCUGCCCCCCUUCUGCUUAUGACUCUGGCUGUCGAAUCAAUGGCAGAUGUUGAUUCGUUAGCUCAAAACCGUCGGCGAGGUCACGACGAGGGACAGGAUGCUUCCCAUGAAGGCCAUGACCAGCAGCAUGACAGUGGCGAGCCUUCGCAGUCUCAAGGCGACACUGUCAAGAGACGGAAGAGGACCAGGAAAGGUGAUGCGGAGAAGAAGUUUGAAUGUAAGCAUGAGGGAUGCGGGAAGAGUUACUCGAGAGCUGAACAUCUGUAUAGACAUCAGCUGAACCACACCCCAAAACACAUAUAUCGCUGUGACUUUCCAGACUGCUAUCGUUCCUUUGUUCGGCAAGAUCUCUGCGUCCGCCAUCGGGAACGUCACACAACUCAUGGUUCGCAGCUUCAGAAGCGCGAUAAUUUCGCCCAUGCCGCCAACACCCUCGCUGUCGUCCCUCCCCAGGCGCGAAACGCUGCCCCAGCAGGAAAUGCGCCUAAUCCGUCAUGUUCGCCAACAAAUGAUCCGAUUUCACCGUAUUCGAAGCAAAUAGCAUCGGGAAAUGCCUCAGGGAGCAUGUCCAGACCACGGCUUCCCGGGUCAUCCUCUACUAUUCAUGUUGCGAACGCCCAAAAUUACUCGAAUUCCGCAACUGUCCCCUCCGCUGGCUCCUCUUCGUCCACCUCAAUAGAGAAUCAUUUCCAGCCACUUACGCCCCAGCAGCAAUAUGCUGCUCCAAACCCGCGGUUAAAACGGUCAGAUAGUACGAGUAGUUACACGCUCAGCCCCCAACGGCAAUCCGCAUCGAUGUAUGGUGUCUCGAAUCGCCAGCCUGUAUAUGGAAAAUAUGAUGGGCAACGCUACCAAACUACUCCAUUCAGCCCCUCGGAGCUUGAUCCAAUCAACCAGCCCUCCGACUCAUCGCCAAACCUUCAGCAACGCCGCCUGUCCUCGACCGGGCCCAUACUCUCAGGUUCCACUGCAUACAUGUCUGCCACAGGCUUGACCACCGACGCGAAUUUGAUUACAGAUCAAAAUACGUACAUUCCGCAACAGAAUCUACAUAUCUCAUCGUUGCCACAGCCUGGUUACUCGAAUCCAAGUAUGACGGGGGCCACCUCUGCGUCCAUCGCAAAUGCGAUAUCCAGUGGCUUAAAUGCCCUCGAUCCCUCCCCCGGUGUUAUGGUCCCUGGCUCCUCCGUCUCAGACUGGGAUGCUUUAUCAUCCUAUGCACUUCCAAUAUUCGGUGGGGAAACACUGAACCGGUCCCCGUUCGCGAUGACUGACGACUUUACUGCAUGGUUGUUCAAUGAACAUUCAAACAAUAAUUCCCCAAUUGCUUACUCGAAUGCAUCUGGCAUGAUCCCUAAUUACGCGGACCCAGUCUCUGCUCAAUUCCAGGGACCUUAUUACCCAAGCGAUGUGGCCUUGACCAGCUAUUUUACAAACGUAGUCCAGCCACAACACCCAAUGAGCGUAACGAGUCUUCUCGACACGGGACCUCCCCAGUCGAUCAUUUCGGAGGAGAAGCGAAAUGAACUACUGGAACUUAUCCAGACUCGCUUCAACGAAACUAACCAGGCGGCAGUGAAAAAGCGAAAGGAUGCUUUGCUUGAUGGUGAUCUCGAUGCUGAUUGGCACCUUCUUAGUCUGCGUAUGAUGCAGACCUACAUUGCUUCUUACUGGUACCGUACCCAUGACCAACUGCCCAUUUUACACAAGCCGACCUUCUCAGCGGAUAAAACACCGAAUCUUCUCCUCUUGGCAAUUAUGGCCAUUGGCGCCUCGACCCUUGACAAAGGCCAUGGGCACCAAGUGACUGAGGCAGCUUCAGAUUUGGCCAACUUCUUAGCCUGGCAUAUCCGGUGGGAGAUCUUCAUGGACGUGGAUUUCCAGCCACCUGCGAAGCUCUGGGUAUUUCAGACGCUAUUACUCCUUGAAAUCUGCGAGAAGCUGUAUUCAACACGUGCUCUGCACGAGCGUGCCCAUAUCCAUCACGAUACCACAUUGACCUUGAUGCGCAGAGGAAGUUCGUUGAUAGGUCGAUCGGCCUUUGACUCCCCGCCAAGCCUUCGAGAGGACCGGCAGAACAGAUCAGCAACCGGCUCCGGUACUAACUCUGCCUCUGAAUCGGGGGCAGGUGAGGAGUCUUGGGCUCAUUGGAUUAAAGCGGAAGCCACCCGCAGAGUGGCGUUUGCCGCCUUCGUCCUGGACUCAACGCACGCCACGAUGUUCGGACAUUCCGCAAAAAUGGUUGCCCACGAGAUGCGGCUUCCGCUACCCUGCGACGAAGCACUGUGGUCAGCAACGAGCGCUGCAGAGGUUGCAAGAGUACAGUCCAGUCUGCACUCCAACGGUGUCAAGGCGAUCAUGUUUCUCGAUGGACUGAAGAAGACGCUUAAUGGCCAGAAAGUGCGAACCAAUUCAUUUGGCCGGACUAUUUUAAUGGCGGGUUUACUAAGCGUCAGCUGGCACAUGAAUCAACGAGAUCUCCAGGUUAGUUCACUGGGCGUCGCACAAGCUCUGGGUGGGAGGGAUAGAUGGAGAUCGUCUCUGUUGCGUUCAUACGAUAAUUGGAAACGCGAUUUCGACGACGCUCUGGCGGAAUCAAACCCGUCGAACUAUUCAAACGCCAUCCGCCAGUUCCCCAUGGAUGACGACAUAAUCUUCGAGUCCCGCACAGUUCUACACCACCUUGCCCACAUGGCAUCGCAUGUCGAUGUGGUUGACUGCCAAAUCUUCGCUGGAGCCGGCCGUCUCCUCGGCCGAUCCAUUACACCCAAGGACUACAGCACCGCGCGCGAAAAGAUGGUAGAACGCUGGGCCAACAAAGCCGCCGCUCGAGACGCCGCCUUCUUCGCGCUGAAAUUCCUCACGCAGGUCCUUCUCUCCGACGAUGGCCGCGCGGUGGUUCAGCACGGCUCCGUAGCAUAUAUGGAAUUGAACGAAUAUAGCGCCCGCGAUGAUUUCCUCCUCAAUCGGCCGUGGGUCAUUUACUUUGCCGCCCUCGUAGUGUGGAGCUAUGGCUACGCGCUCGAUGGAGCGAUAAACGCGCCCGUGCCGGAACUAUCCACCCCGGACGAGCGACGGAAGGAUAUGUACGAGUUCCUCGAUCGGGUGGGCGGCGUGCGCACGCCGGAAGAGCUGUUACAUGUCCACGACCGGAAUCGCUGCAUGGGUCUGUUGAUGAUUUUGCAGGAGACCUUCUCGUAUACCCGGUGGGAACUACUCCACGAGGCUGCAAAUUUGUUGGGGAGCUGUAUUGAGAAAUUGAAGGGGUCCGGCGCCCCGUCUAACUCUUCAUAAAAUGAAACGAGACUCCUUCACAACGGUCUUUAACAGUCGUGUUUCCUCUCAAUAUCAUUUUGGUUUGGUUUCCUUGCUCAGGUUCGGUUUAUUAUAGCCCAGCGUGGAUCCGUAUACGGUGACGGUGCCAUGUUUCUGCCUCUGCGAGAUAUUCCUUACCCCUCCCUACGCUCUAUGUUUUAUAUUUACGCCAUACGCUACGACGUUUUGAUAUCCCCUUUUUCUAUAUAUUUUUACUAUUCUACUGUGUCAUAUAUACCACGUCCUUUUCUUGCAUAUUUUAGUCGCAGUAAAGAAAUGACUGGAUAAAAACCUGAAAAAAAGAUAAAAAAAGACGGGAAGGAGUAAAAAAUUGGACUAAACUCUUUCGGAUUUCGUCUUGGUGUUCUUUUCUUCUUUCCUCCCUUUCUUUUCUCUUUUCUCUCUCUCUCUCUCUCUUUUUUUAUUUUUUUAUUUUUUAUUUUUUAUUUUUUAUUUUUUAUUUUUAUCCCGACUGAUUCAUCUAGCGACCGUUUGUACUUGAUUUUCCCGCAUGGUCCUUUUUGAUUUUGAACAAAUCAUAACAAUUCCGGUCAACUUUCCCAAUAAGCUACUACUCACUCUGGAUUCAAAUGUUUUGUUGCUAUUGUUAUUUUUUUUUCUCCUUUGCUUUUUCAUUAUCACAACAAUACCCCCCUUCCCUUCCCCCGUGUCUCUUUCCGGCUUUUUUUUCUUUUAUUUCCUGGGUGUACUUGUUAGCAGCGUACAGUUUGCAUCUCUUUAUUGUACAGUACAUAAGCCUUACUGAUACAUUUCUUUUAUACAAGAUAGCCAACUAUCCGUAUAUUUAUAUUUGUGUGGAUAUAUAUAUGUAGCCAUCGAGCUGCUUCCUCUCUGGUGCCUUUUCUAUGUUCAAAACUCCGCAGACGUGACAUCAUUCUAACUAACCAUUGCUUGCCCUCUUCUCCAUUUUUAGUCCUAUGAGGAACAAGUCUCGAGAUACAUUGUAUAUAGCUAGUUCGUUACCUGGAGUGUUGUUUUCUCCUAUCACCCCUCAUCAGAAAUUGGCAAACCUUUCCUUUCAUGAAAAACGAUAGGAUGACCAUCUGGGAGA